CCCCAUUGUCCCAGUUAAACUUUGGAACGUAACGGGAAUUAAUAUAGCGAUGCGGAGAAAUUUAAAUCGACUCGGCGGGGUUAAUUAACACGAAGGUCAUUCUUGGCAAACGACUUAUAAGACGACUUAUAAGACAGGUACCUACUUCUUAUAAGUAGGGCCGUUGAGAUGGCACUGGCAAGAUGAUCAGACCAAUAUCGCGCAUGCGUCUCACGUUGCUCUCUACGACGAAUAGAUAUUCGGUCUAAACAUGCGCUUCUCCAGCAGAAUACUGCUGCUCGGUGCAGUCGCAGCUCAAGCAAAGUAUAUCGUGCCCGGGGGAAGAUGGCGAGAUACAGAAAAUAAUUUGGUCAAUGCCCACGCAGGUAACGUUGUCUUUGAAAAUGGCACGUUUUGGCUGUUCGGCGAGUAUAAGGUUGAGGGGCAGGAAGAGGGUGGCGGCGUAUCUGUUUACAGCUCAGAGGACUUGGCUACUUGGACCUCACACGGCCUUGCUUUAGAGCCGAUCUCCUGGCAUCCUUUCAUUUCGCCUAAAAACAUCAUCCAACGACCCAAGGUGGUGUACAGCGAGUCUACAAGCCAAUAUCAUAUGUGGUGGCACGCCGACAAUGCCACAUACGGACGCUUACUACAAGGACUCGCAGUUUCAGAUACGAUCGCCGGGCCUUAUAGAUUUGUUAGUGCCCAAGCUCCUAUGGGUAAUUGGUCACAGGAUUUCGGCAUGUUCACCGACUAUAAAGACGGCAAAACAUACGCGCUAUACUCUAAUGGCGAUAGUGUAGAGGGUCGAGACGUUUAUUUGGCUUCCUAUAACAAGGACAUCACUACCUUGGAAGAGGUCGUCUAUCGCUUUGAUAAGUUCGACCUCGAAGCUCCUUCUAUUGUACAGACCGAGCAUUCCUAUUAUGCCUUGUUAAGUCAUAAAACGGGAUACAGGCCAAAUAAUGUCGUUGCCUUCCGGGCAGAUAGCUUAAGUGGUCCCUGGUCUCAACCUUGGGUUGUUGCGCCACUUAACACGCGUACUUUCAAUUCCCAGUCGGGAUCAGCGUUGAGAAUAGCAGGAACUGAAAAGAUAACAUACUUAUACUUGGGCGAUCAGUGGGAUUCCAAUUCUCUUUGGGAAUCUCGAUAUAUAUGGCUACCCAUAAAUAUCGACGACGAUAAGAAAACACUUCAGUUGGAAUGGCAUGAUGUUUACGACCUAGACGUGAAAACUGGAAACUGGAAGUCAGUAGAAGGCACUACUUACUCCGCGAAAGAUGCAACAACAAGCGGCAACGCGUUCAAGCAAGAGGCUAACUUCGCUGCUGAUGGAGUUAUCUUGACCGGGAUCGAAGGGAAUGAUAGUACAGUUACCUUCCAAGGUAUCGAGGGGACAGGAAAACCUCAAUGGGUUUCAUUCUACUACCAAAACACCGACGAUAUGGGUUUUGGAGAUCAGCCCGGCGGCUCGCCAGAUAGAAUCGGGGGUUCUUGGCAAUUGCGCCGCAUUUCCAGCGUUGUCGUGAAUGGGAAGACAGAGAACGUCGAGACUCUAUACCAGAGGGAUACCCACAAAGGAAUAAUCUUAUCGACGCCGCUCCAACUUACUCUUGAGGAGGGGUUGAACAAUACCAUCACAGUGGGCGGACUUUAUAACGGGUUCCAUUAUAAGGGUGCCGAUCUGGAUAGGAUCGUUGUUUAUCCCCCGGAAAGUUAGAGAUACAAGGACGAAAAUAUGAUCGGUAACAUAUCAGACGCCAAACAAGCCUGUUUAUCAUAUUAACCCGAAAACUGUCUCACGAUACCAUGGCAAGCACAUAUAAGAAACUUGUACUCGUCCAUCGUGUUUAAUCACAACGUUUUAAGGUGAUUGGAGGGCC